AUGGCGCGCAUUAGGAAAGGAGAGGAGGAGGUGGAGUUGGAGACGAAGGCGGAGAAGGGGAGAGCACAGGCCACCAAAACACUGCCACCGCCCUCGAUUUCCUACCGCUGGACAAAGUCGGAACUGGCGCUUCUUGUUAUGGCCCUCAAUGAAUAUGGCAAGGAUUUCAUCAAUAUCGCGAGAAUUUUGGGAACAAAGUCGGAAAGUCUUGUUCGCGACUUCUACAAUAAGUAUAACGAUACAUAUGACUUGGAUGGCUUUAUUGGCAAGGAGAAUGGAAAAUCAGAGGAGAUUACGAAGACUCCCUCAGAGAAUCCAGAAGGAGAAAUCGUACGCCCACUGGAACCAGAAUCAGUGGCCGGCGAUCCCGGUCCAUUGGAUUUAGCUGCGCUCGCGACCGAGGUGAAAAGCGAUCCUGAAAUCAAGACCCCUCUUGUAAAUGGAGAGUUGGAAUCAGCGUCGAAGGGCUCAACCUCAGAGUUGGAAUCGCCAUUUAUCGUUACCGCACCCUUGAAGCAUAGUCCCAGAGGUUCCUCACACAUGGAAACGCCUCCUGCUCCCGAUGAGAGUUCAUCAUCGCAAAUCCCCCAUGUCAGGGCCCCGAAGGAAAUGCUUGAGCAGGAAGGAAAUAAAUUUCCGCAAAAUACAGUAUGUAACAAGCCUGAAGCAGAGAAGAUAAAGGAGGAAGAAGAAGAGCAAAACCGCCAAAUCCCACGUGGACAAAAGAGACCUGCCAGAGAAGCUGCUGCAAAGACCGCUACCCCGUCUCGGUCGACGGAGAGUCCAGCUAUUGCCAGGCGUCGUCGCUCACGGCGCUCAAGUGAGGACGCGCAAGCGGCCCCUUCGCGUCGUACGCGCACCUCCAACGCGUUGGCAACGCCGUCCCCCGUAAGGAGUGGAGUGCAAACACGAAGGUCCUCAGUGGUGAAGGCGAAGGUGGAUCGCCGAAUGCGGUCACGGAAACAAAACCAGGGCGUGAAGGCGAGUUCAGAGAAGGUUAUAGUGAAACGUGGUAAAAGACUACAGUCGGCAGGAAGAGGAGAGAAGGAGGUGGGUGAAAGGAAAAGGAAAAAGGUGGAGACGGAGGCUGAGCAGCCUACUGUAAGCACGCGUCGGCGCGCCUUGGGGCCUAGCCAGGCGCCGGUGACGAUCGGGUCACCGAGAAAGCGCACUCGAGCCUCACUCGCUACCUCCCCACGUCCCUCCACUCGGCAGCGUCGAAAGGUUUUGCAUCAACAGCGCGCGUCUCAUUGGGCGGCUCAUGCGCUUUGUGCUGACUGGCCACCCUCGGCACACCAUCAAACUCUCGGUUUUGGUAGCGGACCAAUGAGUGCCUCCGCCAUUGUACCUCCUCUGGGCCACACCAGUAGCCACUAA